UUGUAUAUAUAACAUUCAAAAGAAAGAAAACUCAAAGAAGCUUAUCAAAAUUACAUACAUUUUUUUAAAAAUAAAAGUCCUUCCCAAACAAUGGCAGUCCUAUCUUCCUUGGCAGUCAUCACCUUCUUCCUUUCACUCUUGGUGCUUUUUCUUGCAAAGAACUACAAGCAAAAGAGUCUCCAUAAACUGCCACCAGGGCCAUGGAAGCUACCUAUUAUAGGGAACCUGCUUCAACUAGCAGCAGCAAGUUCACUUCCUCAUCAUGCUAUCAGAGAAUUAGCUAAAAAAUAUGGACCCUUGAUGCACUUGCAACUAGGUGAGAUUUCUGCAGUGAUUGUAUCAUCUCCCAACAUGGCCAAGGAAAUAAUGAAAACACAUGAUCUUGCUUUUGCACAGAGGCCAAAAUUUCUUGCUUCUGAUAUCAUGGGCUAUGGAUCAGUUGACAUUGCCUUCGCUCCAUAUGGAGAUUAUUGGAGACAAAUGAGGAAAAUAUGUACGUUGGAGCUACUAAGUGCAAAGAAGGUUCAGUCUUUCUCCAAUAUUAGAGAACAGGAGAUAGCUAAGCUCAUUGAAAAAAUUCAGUCAUCUGCAGGUGCACCAAUCAAUCUCACCAGCAUGAUUAACUCUUUCAUAAGUACCUUUGUUUCUAGAACAGCAUUCGGUAACAUAACUGACGACCAUGAAGAAUUUUUAUUGAUCACAAGGGAAGCAAUAGAAGUGGCAGAUGGCUUUGAUCUUGCAGAUAUGUUUCCUUCUUUCAAACCUAUGCAUCUCAUAACCGGGUUGAAAGCCAAAAUGGAUAAGAUGCAUAAGAAGGUUGACAAGAUCUUAGACAAGAUCAUAAAGGAGAAUCAAGCAAAUAAAGGCAUGGGAGAAGAAAAGAACGAAAAUCUUGUUGAGGUUCUUUUAAGAGUCCAACACAGUGGCAACCUUGAUACCCCAAUUACAACCAACAACAUCAAAGCUGUGAUUUGGGACAUAUUUGCUGCUGGAACGGAUACAUCAGCAAAAGUAAUAGAUUGGGCAAUGUCAGAAAUGAUGAGAAACCCAAGAGUAAGGGAGAAGGCACAAGCUGAGAUGAGAGGAAAGGAAACAAUCCGUGAGAGCAACCUAGGAGAACUUAGCUACCUCAAGGCAGUAAUAAAAGAAACCAUGAGGUUACACCCACCUCUUCCUUUGUUGCUUCCAAGAGAAUGCAUAGAAGCAUGCAGGAUUGAUGGAUAUGAUUUACCCACCAAGACCAAAGUCAUAGUGAACGCAUGGGCAAUUGGAAGAGAUCCUGAGAACUGGCAUGAUGCAGACAGCUUUAUACCAGAAAGAUUCCACGGUGCAUCUAUUGAUUUCAAAGGAAUAGACUUUGAGUACAUCCCUUUUGGGGCAGGAAGGAGAAUGUGCCCGGGCAUUUCAUUUGGUAUAGCCAAUGUGGAGUUUGCUCUAGCCAAAUUACUCUAUCACUUCAAUUGGGAACUCCAACAAGGAACGAAACCAGAGGAGUUUGACAUGGAUGAAUCAUUUGGAGCUGUGGUUGGAAGGAAAAACAACCUUCACUUGAUUCCCAUUCCUUAUGAUCCUUCAAUCCAUGAUAAUGGCAAAGGAGGCACCUUCAUUUAAUUCAGAAUAGAAUAAAAUAUAAACUGCAACUUUCACUUGAUUCCUAUUCCUUACUUAUUAUUAUUAUGAAGGAAAUGCUUUUCGGCUUUUUGGAGACCGAAAUAGCUCUAGUUUGUCAUCUUUUUUAAUCAAAAUCAUGACCAAGUUUGCAGGGCA